AUGGCAAACAACAUCCCAGCUGAGCUCAUACAACACCUCAAUGCUAGACACCUCUACCCAACCACCACAUGGCUGCAAAGCUUCGUCUCUACGACGCGGCCGAAUACACCGUUGCCCGCACUGAAGCAGACUGCCUUCUUUCGUCUCACAGCGACUGAUAUUACAAUAUCUCUAAACCAACCAGCAGCUUCCGUCCUCCCUCACGACAUACUGAAAGGCACAACUCAGUCCCGCUGUAUCGCAGGCCCCACCCUCUGCCAAGUGCUCGAUAUUGAAGAUAUCGGACACUCGCGCUGGUCGCAAGUCGAAGCUAUUGAGGCAAGAGAGCGCGGAGAAAUGACAAAGGGUAGAGAGAUUGUCCGAGUCGUGGAGCCUGAGAACGAAAGCGCGGCCGAAGCACCCAUCCAGAGCAAAGGACCUUUCAAGUUACUGCUGCAGGAUGCGAAAGGCUUGAAGAUUUACGCGCUAGAUCUAAGAGGUAUCGAGGGGUUGAAUACGAGCAUGACGAUGGGUGUGAAACUCAUCCUCCGCAAUGUCGACGUGCGAAGAGGCGUCGCAAUGCUUGAACCGGGUAAUGUACAGGUUCUUGGUGGGAAGUUGGAGGCGCUCGAUAAGGCCUGGAAAGAUGGGAGAAAAGAGAGACUCAUGAAUGCUGCCAAGGCCGGUGGUGGAACAGCAGGGUGA